CAGCUCCUUCUCCUUGAGAGAGACAGGCAGAGUUUGCUGAGGGAUUCCCCCGGCAGCUGCAAAAUGAGCUCAGUGCAACACCUGGCCACCGCUGGCAUCUGCGUCUACCUCUGCCUUGCCGUUCGCCUUGCUGCGGUUCCUGCAUCUCUAGAGGAGGAGAAGGCCCCUGCCUACUGGAAUGAGAGAGCCAGGAGGACGCUGGAGUUGGCACUGAACCUGGCACCCGUGACCCGCCGUGCCAAGAACAUCAUUCUCUUCCUGGGCGAUGGCAUGGGGAUCUCCACCGUCUCCGCCGCUCGGAUCUACAAGGGGCAGCUGGCGGGAGGGCCCGGCGAGGACAGUCGGCUGGCCAUGGAGACCUUCCCCUACGUUGCCCUCGCCAAGACAUACAACGUGGACCGGCAGGUGCCCGACAGCGCUGGCACUGGCACCGCCUACCUGUGUGGCGUGAAGGCCAACGCCAAAACCCUGGGGGUGAGUGCCGCCGCCGUCUAUGGCAAAUGCAACACCACGUGGGGCAACGAGGUCUACUCCGUCCUGCACCGGGCCAAACAGUCGGGCAAGUCGGUGGGCAUCGUGACAACCACCCGCGUGCAGCACGCCUCUCCGGGCGCGUCCUACGCCCACGUGGUCAACCGGGAGUGGUACAGCGAUGCCGACCUGCCCAAGGAGGCCAUCAGGCAGGGCUGCAAAGACAUCGCGUACCAGCUGGUGCACAACACAGACAUCAACGUGAUUCUGGGCGGUGGGAGGAUGUACAUGACUCCCCGGAGGACCCCGGACCCCGAGUACCCGACAGACCCAAAGCAGAGCGGGACGAGGAAGGAUGGACUCGACCUGGUCGAGAAGUGGCUCAGUGCCAAGGAGGGGGCGCGAUACGUCUGGGACAAGAAAGGCCUGGACGCCAUCGAUGAGAACUCCACCGACUACCUCCUGGGUCUCUUUGAGCCCAAGGACAUGAAGUACGAGCUGAACCGCGACGCCGGCAUGGACCCCUCCAUCGUGGAGAUGACGGAGAAGGCCAUCCGCAUCCUGCGCAGGAAUCCCCGUGGCUUCUUCCUCUUCGUGGAAGGAGGCAGGAUCGACCACGGGCACCAUAGCAGCCGGGCCAAGCAGGCGCUGAGUGAAGCUGUCAUGCUGGACCGCGCCGUGGCCCGCGCCGCCCAGCUCACCGACGCCUCGGAGACCCUCACCGUGGUGACGGCCGACCACUCGCACGUCUUCAGCUUCGGCGGCGGCACGUCCCGCGGCAACAGCAUCUUCGGCCUGGCGCCCAAGAAGGCCGAGGACAAGCGGUCGUACACCAGCAUAUUGUACGGCAACGGGCCCGGCUACGCCAUCGCGAAUGGGAGCCGCCCGGACGUGAGCAGCCUGCCCAUCGAGGACAAGGAUUACCGGCAGCAGGCGGCCGUGCCCCUGGACACCGAGACCCACGCUGGCGAGGACGUGGCCAUCAUGGCCAAGGGCCCCAUGGCCCACCUCUUCCACGGGGUGCAGGAGCAGAACUACGUCGCCCACGUCCUGGCCUAUGCCGGCGGCCUGGAGCCCUACCACAUGGGCCCCGAGUGCCUGGCACCGAGCUGCAGGUCAGGCAGCCCGGGCCUCAGCCAGCCCCCCAGCCUGCUGCUCCUCGCCCUGGGGGUGGCCUCCCUCCUGCUGACAGCCGGACGUUGAUCUCUGCCAGGCCUGGGGGACCCCCCCCAUGCCCUCCGCUAGCAGAGCAGCCAGUGCCCCGCCCCGGUACCUGGCCCUCCCCUGGUACCAUACGAGAGAGUUGCUGUCGCUGGCCUGUGUAUAUAAUUUUGUAACAGUCUCCUGCCCUCCCAGUGGCCCUGGAAAUAAAA